AUGGCUAUGAUGGUAACGGAUGAGAAUUAUUUGAGAGAAAACGGCUUCAAAGAUUCCAAUGGUGUGACAUUAACAUCACCAUCAUCCGACAAGAAUGAAGUCGAUGAUAUUCCAGAUUACAAUGAAGCAUUUCCUCAAUUAUCGUCGAGACAAUUCGAUGUCAAUCGAUCGCACACAUUUUUCACAGCACCAUUUUCAUCAACAACCAUGAAUGAAACAAAUGGAAUGUUCAAUACAACGGCAUCAGCGUGUACGUCAACGAAAGUUGACGAAGACCGACGACGUAAAUUAGCGAUUCAUGAAAAGUCAGCAACAACCAGAAUUAUUGAAAUUCCUCCUGAGGAACGAGUUGUGGACCAUUCACGACGUGGUGGCAAUCAGUCCACACGAAAUAACGGCGUCAGUAAUCCAUCCAAUACAAAUGGACAACCACUACAAAAAUUAUGCACACGUAUUCAAAAAGAAACAUCAACGAAUAUAGCGUUUUUCCAUAAAGAAGAAAACUUAAUUGUGACAAUUACCGGUCGACCUGAACAAGUUCGUUCAGCUCAAGUUCAACUUCUUCGUGAAUUACAAAAACCAGUGAAAAUUGCGGUUGAAAUUCCACUGGACUUUCAUCGCUUCAUCAUCGGGCCACGUGGUGCAACUCUACGCUUGUUAGAACAAGAAACUCUAACGCGUGUCGCUGUACCACGGCAAGACAGUCCGUCAAAUGCAAUUAUCAUAUCGGGUGCCAAAGACAAUGUGAAAUUAUGUGAACAAAGAAUUCUUGAAUUAUAUCAUAUCCAAGCGAACAAAGGUUAUGAACGUUUGAAUGUUCCUUAUUUGUAUCAUCCGUGGAUUCGCUAUCAAUUAGUGAAUGAUUUGCAGAAGCAAUUGAAAGUAACAAUCGAUUUACCGCCACCGAUCAAACAAACAGAUGAAAUAUCGAUCCGUGGCGAACGAGAACCUGUAGAACAGGCGAAGACGAGAAUUAUGCAAUUCUUUCACAAUAUGGAAGGAAAAAUCAUGACUUUUCCGCUGGAAAUUCCAUGUGAACAACAUCGAUUUAUUUUAGGUAAAAAAGGUGCUGGUUUGAAGGAAAUCUUCGAUAAAACAAAUGUGGUCGUUCGUAUUCCCAACCAAGAGGACAAUUCACCAACAAUUCAAGUUAUCGGUGAAACGAAUAAAAUUGGCGAGGCGAUUACCAUGAUUUAUAAAAUGGCAAAUGCUUUAACUGCUGUUCAAAUUAAUGCGCCGCACUGGAUGCACAGUGUUGUCAGAGGUGAUCGUAAUGCGAACUUAGAAAUUAUUCGAAAGUCUCAUCCGGAGGUACGACUCUUCUUCCGAGAUGAUCAUAUCGCACUCGAAGGUCCACCUGAAGAAGUCGACCUUGUUCGUGGUCAAGUACAAACAGUGAUCGACGAUCUACGCAACACGAAUACAACUUACUUAGAAGUUGACAUCGAUCCUCAGUAUUACAAACAGUUGAUCGGUAAAAAUCAAAUACGGUUGAGUGAAAUUCAAGAGCAAACCGGUUGUGAUGUCAAGUUUCCGAAAGACGAAGGCCGUCUGGUUAAAUUAAUGGGCACAAAAGAAAGUGUAGAAAAAGCUCGACAGAUUCUUCUUGAACGAGUUCAAAAACUGUCGAAUGAGCGCACGACAAGUGUCAGUAUCGACCCUCAAUAUUACCCACAAAUCAUUGGUGUUAAAGGUAAAAAACUGGAAGAACUUCGUUCGAAAUUUCACAAUGUACAAAUAACCUUUCCUGAUGCCAAGAACAAAAGUGAUAAAGUUACAUUACAUGGCGAUAAGGAUGACGUUGAAAAAUGUGCGAAAUUUUUACAACAGAAGAUCAAAGACCUAUAUUCGACAGAAUUCGAAAUAUCCAAACGUUUGUAUCCUCUCCUUGUCGGCAAGAAUGGCGCAAAUAUUCAACGUUUGCGUGAACAAAUGCCCGAUGUUCGUCUGGAUAUUCCUGUACCGGAUGAGACAAAAGACUCCGUAAUGGUUCGUUUAAACGGAAAGAAAGCUGAUGUUGACAAAGCUCGUAAACUGCUCGACGAUCACAUUGCCCAAUUAAGUGUUUCAGUCGAAAAUUCCGCUGAGAAAUAUAUGACCAUUGAUCCCAAAUGGCAUAGUCGAUUCUUUCGAAAUAAACUCAAAUUGUUGAAUGAAUUACAACAACAGUAUGGCGAUAUGCUGAUCAAAUUACCUGAACGAAACACCAAGUCUGAUCAAGUUCUCUUACGUGGACCAAAAGGAGCUGUUGAACAAGUACAAAAGCGUUUAGAAGAAUUGAUUGAUACAUGGCAAAACACAACCACCAAAGAAAUAUCGAUUCCCCAACGGCAUUACGGUUAUUUACUUGCACAAGGUGGUUCAUAUAUUCAACCUUUAGAGAAAGAACACAAUGUUCAAAUUAAAUUUCCGCCGAGAAAAGAUUCAAGCAAUGGUGAUCUCGUGCGAAUCACCGGUCGAACAGACGAUAUCGAUAAAGCUAUGGCUGCUCUUGAAAAAAUGAUUCCACUAGAAGCAACUUUAGACAUUCCAUACGAAGCGCAUGGGCCAUUGGUUGGUAAAAAUGGUAGUGACUUAGAAAAAUUAAGCGAACAGUAUCCAGAUGUACAAAUAACUUUUCCACCUUUACAGUCAACAUCAAAUACCAUAUACCUACGCGGUCAAGCCGACCAAGUCGAAGGUUUAAAGAAAGAAUUACUCGAUCGUUAUGAGAAAUAUCAAGCUGAUAAAGUCGCCCGAUCCUUCGAACUACGCUUUACCAUUAAACCAGAAUACCGCCCAUUGAUCAUCGGCUCACGUCGACGAACGAUCAAUAACUUGAAACAAAAACACGAUGUUAAUAUACUUAUAUCGAAUAGUCAAAUGCCAACAUCAGCUGUAGUACCCACACCUGCAGAAUCGAAUGGUUCAGAUAAACUACAUGAUGACCAACAAGCGAUUCCACAAGAAAAUCAUUCGUUAUCAACUGAAUCCACGUCGAAUGAUGUCGAAAUUUUGAUUAUUGGUUAUGAGAGCAAAGCAUUAGCAUGCCGAGAUGAAAUUCUCAAACUCAUAGAACGCUUCGAUUCAACAAUCACCAUGGAAAUUGAAAUCGAUCAUCGUAUUCACGCACGUAUUAUCGGUUCAGGUGGACAAAGACUACAACAGAUCAUGAAAGAAUACGGCGUUGACGUCAAAUUUCCUUCCAAUAAUCAAAGCGACAGCGUUCAUGUUAUUGGAACAGAUCAAGACAAGAUCGACGCUUGCAUCGAUCAUUUACUAGCGCUUGAGGACGAUUACGUUCAAGAUCUUCCGCAUCGAUCUCAAGCACAAGGUGAAUCAACAUUUAGUCAACAACUAUCCAAUGCUCAACAUCAGACUCGCCAACAAGAAGUGCCUUCCGCGAAUAGUUUGUCAGUAAUUCAACCAGCAAAGAACAACAACGCAAAUAAACAGCAAAAACAAGCACCAUUUAAAGUAAAAAAUGCACCAUGGACAGCAGGUGAACAAAAUGGUUUUGACCAUGAACAAGGCGCAAUGAGAAAUGGACACAGAAAACCGGCGAAAAAGGCGCCAAGCAAAGACGAUUUAGAUGAAUAUCCUUCGUUCGCCGAUGGUCAUACACUCACAACAAAUGGUAAUCAUUCUCAAGUACAUGAAACAACGGUGAGCAGAAUACCUGUCGUUUGGGGUCCUCCGAAACGAAAACAAUAA